AUGGGAGAGGCGGCAUGCGUUCCGCCGAAAACUAAAGGGACGAGCCGGAUUCGGGAGCCUGCUACGGGCUGGAGACAGGGCGACAACGCGAGAGAUCUACCGCAAGAAGAGGAAAGAAUCACGAGUGGGGCAGAUGGCCAGGGGGAAGCCAUGGAUAUGGACUUAGCGAUAAGGGAGAGCAGGGUUUUUCUGGCAAUGGUAGCCGAGCCCUAUUGUAUACUAGACACCCCUGACAGGGUCGCAGACCUGGACGGCUUAGCCGCUAUGACGUGGAUGUCAGCACCGAGCACAUCCGCCGCAGAGAUCCUGUUCGAGCAGGGCAAGGGGUAUGCCGCGAUCGAGUGGGCUGGGAUGGUAGUGGUGGGCGUAUAUGUUUCCCUGAACAGUGGCCUGGUCGCGUUUGAGGAGUUCCUGGACGUGUUUAGCGAUUGCGUGAGACGAUACCUUUCACGUCAGGUCCUCGUCUUGGGAGACUUUAACGCUCACUCCUCGCAAUGGGGAACACAAUGA